AAAAUGAAAAUGAGGGAAUUUUACAAGAAGAAUGGUGGGCCUACAUUAGAGAAGGCACAUAUCAUAAAGCUUUUCAAAAAGGAGGAGCUUAAACCAAUUUUAAAGAGCAACAAUUUAAUAGGAAAAGGUGCCUUCGGUGAAGUUUACAAGGGUCUUCUUGACAAUAAACCGGUUGCAGUAAAGAAGCCAAUUAAUGGUAGUGUGAUGGAGAAUGAACAGUUUGCAAAUGAAGUCAUCAUUCAAUCCCAAGUCAUCCACAAGAACAUUGUUAGGCUGAUAGGUUGUUGCCUAGAAGUUGAUACCCCCAUGUUGGUAUACGAGUUUAUCUCCAAAGGUAGCCUUCAUGACAUUCUUCACAAUAGUUAUAUCAAGGUCGAUCUCAGCUUGGAUGCGCGUUUAAGUAUUGCUGCACAGUCAGCGGAUGGUCUAGCCUAUAUGCAUUCAAAGGCCAAUAUUAAAAUUCUACAUGGUGAUGUUAAACCAGCAAAUAUACUAUUGGAUGAUAACUUUCUACCGAAGAUUUCAGAUUUCGGUAUAUCCAGGUUGAUUGUGAGGGACAAGCAGCACACAGGAUCAGUCAUCGGAGACAUGAAUUAUAUGGACCCAAUAUAUCUGCAAGAAGGCCUACUCACCGAAAAAAGUGAUGUCUAUAGUUUUGGAGUUGUCAUCUUAGAGCUUAUAACCAGGAAGAAAGCCACACAUUCUGACAAUACUAGCUUGGUAAAGAAUUUUCUUGAAGCUCGUAAGAAAGGAAAGAAAGCAACUGAGUUUUUUGACAAGGAAAUUGCAGUAACAAAAGAUUUGGAGCUUCUUGAUAGUCUAGCAGAUAUGGCCAUGGAUUGCCUUAGCCUUGAUGUGGAUCGAAGACCAAUGAUGACGGAGGUAGCUGAGCGGCUCCUCAUACUGAGUAGAUCUCGGAAGUGUAGAUCGUUUUCGAGUUUAAAACAUGAGUAGCAGAGUUCUCCUUUUGUUCCGAGAGAAUUUUUAAUGUUUUAGUACCUGAUGAGUACCAGUGUGCAUAUGGUGAUAAACGUAUGUGUAACCGUUGAUUACUCGCAUUUUCGUUAAUAUAAUCCAUUGUUCUUGAACGAAAUAACCAGUA